AUGCGUCUGUUUGCAACGAGCAGGGCCUUGCGCCUUGGCAGUGGAAGAUGGUCAAUUGCCUCUCCUCGAGGCAGCAUUCGCCUUCCGCUCUCGCGCCUGCCAGAGCCGCGAGCUCUUGGAUAUAGGGGAUUGACAUCUACAGCUGCGCGACAGACACAAGAUGCGUCGGACAAGCCCAAGACCGCAGCGAGCCCCGCAAGACCUCCAAAGGAUCUAAACAUUGAAGGCAAGACAUACCCAGCUGACGAUUGGACGAAUACCCCCGACACGAUCCUCACACAUAUCGACCGUCGGCUCUACCUCAACGAAAACCACCCGCUCGCAAUCACCCGCAAGCUGAUCGAGAGCCAAUUUCCUAGUCCUACCUUCGGAAAUUACUCUGAAAAAAACCCUAUUGUCUCGACCGCCGAUAAUUUCGACGUCCUUGGUUUCCCCGCAGACCACCCCGGCCGGAGUCGCACGGACACCUACUACCUCAAUAACAAGACCGUUCUACGGACCCAUACGAGUGCCCAUCAGCAGGAUUAUUUCCAGCAGAUCAACCGCAACGAAACGACUCGCCCGGAGGAAGUUGGAUAUACCGUUGUUGCUGAUGUCUAUCGGAGAGAUGCCAUUGAUCGCAGCCACUACCCGGUGUUCCAUCAAAUGGAAGGCGCGAUGUUGUGGAAGCGCCCCGAUGACAAAACUUUGGAACACUCGGGCCAGACUGCCGCCGCAAUCAUGAAAGAUUUGAAGAGCAUCCCUGCUCAUGAUGUACCGGUUGAAGACCCGAACCCUACUAUCCACGCAGAGCGAAACCCUCUCCAGGCCGAAUACCACAGCGAAGAGGAAGUCGAAGCUAUCGCCGCCCAUCUCAAGCGAUCACUGGAGAGAAUGGUCAUCAAGGUCUUUAGCGAGGCCCAGAAAGCGGCUGCUGCCUCAGAGGGCGUCGAGCCAGAGCCUCUGAAAGUGCGAUGGGUCGAGGCAUACUUCCCUUUUACCAGCCCGUCGUGGGAACUGGAAGUAUUCUGGCAAGGUGACUGGCUCGAGAUUCUGGGUUGUGGAGUGGUCAAGCAAGAGCUCCUCAACAACUCUGACGUGCCCAAUCGCGUAGGGUGGGCGUUUGGGUUGGGAUUGGAGCGGAUCGCCAUGCUUCUCUUUAAUAUCCCCGAUAUCCGGCUAUUCUGGUCGAAAGACGAGCGGUUCCUCUCCCAGUUCAAAGCGGGCCAGAUUACCCGCUUUGAGCCAUUCUCAAAACAUCCCGCUUGCUACAAGGACGUUGCGUUCUGGCUCCCCUCCGCAUCUGCCGGCGGUGGAAGUGCAGCUGGCGGGGCAGUGCCGGUCCAUGAGAACGACAUCAUGGAGGUCGUCCGUGGGGUUGGCGGUGAUCUUGUCGAGGAUGUUACGUUGAUUGAUGAGUUCACCCAUCCCAAGACUAGCCGCAAAAGCAUGUGCUAUCGCAUCAACUACCGCAGCCUGGAGCGCACGUUGACCAACGAGGAGGCCAAUGAUCUCAACGACACUGUGCGCGAGAAGCUUGUCAACCAGCUCGGUGUUGAGCUCCGCUAA